GCAGUUUUCGUGAUGAUGGUGUACGUUGUAGUUGCUUAUAGCUGGAAGUAAUUUAACGUGUUUUAGAUUUGUAUGUGUACGUUUGCGUGAGGAAAUGGUAUAUGUUGAAGUGUAUAUUCACAUUUGUGCUUGUGCGGUGUAGUCUAGUUAUCGUCGAUUCAGUGUUAAAGUGAAUACUAUCGUAGAGGGGCUUGUGCCAAGCGUGUCGGCGAGGUUGUGUUUGUGACGAGCAGUGCUUCAGAAAUAAAUAAAGCAGUUCCUGAUACUCUGCUGCUGGAGAAGGGCGCCGACCCGCAGCGCCGCGACGCCCAGCAACGCUCCGUGCUGCACCACGCCGCCGCUGGAGGAGACCGAGAAACCGUGUUGCUCCUCUUGGAGAAGGGGCUGGACGUGCAGGGGAAGAACGCCGCGGGGCUGACGGCACUUCAUGUCGCUGCAAACAUGGGCCACGUGGAGAUAAAACUUCCUUCCUUUCAUACUAUCAAAUGUGCCCGUUCAGGUAACGUGAAGUGUGUUCUUUUAGAACGCCAACAAAAGCUUCAUUUGUUGGUUGCACAAAGCUACUCGUUCUCACGGUUGCGGAUCCGCUACGUGAUGCCGUCGGCGCACCUGACGCUGCGCGAGGAGGACGUGGUGCGGCUGGCGCUCGAGUUCCUGCACACGCGCGACCUGCACAUCUCGCAGCUGUCGCUGGAGCGGGAGACGGGCGUCAUCAACGGCGCCUACUCGGACGACGUGCUCUUCCUCCGGCAGCUCAUCCUCGACGGCCAGUGGGAUGACGUGCUGGAGUUCAUCCAGCCGCUGGAGGCGCUGCCCAACUUCGACAUGCGGCGCUUCCGCUUCCUCAUCCUGCGCCACAAGUACGUGGAGCUGCUGUGCAUCAAGAGCGAGGCGGCCGGCGCCGCGGGCUCCAUGGACAGCGCCGUGGAGGACGUGGUGAAGGUGCUGAACGAGCUGGAGCGGGUCGCGCCGUCCAAGGAGGAGUACUCCAACCUGUGCCUCAUGCUCACGCUGCCGCGCCUCUCCGACCACCUGCAGUACAAGGACUGGAACCCCAGCAACGCGCGCGUGCAGUGCUUCCGCGAGGUGUUCCCGCUCGUCGAGCACUUCCUGCCCGGGGAGAAGAAGGCGUCGCAGGACCCUUCCAACCCGCAACCGACGCCCGUCACCGCCAAGAACGACCGCCUCAUUCACCUCAUCAUCAAGGGGAUUCUGUACGAGUCGUGCGUCAAUUACUGCCAGGCCAAAGCGACCGGUUCCAAAGAAUCUCAAACGCAGGAGAUGAGUUUCUCCAAGCUCCUGGACGGCGCGGUGGGGUACAGCGACUCGGACCUCAGCCUGCUGUCGUGGCUGCAGAGCAUCCCGCCCGAAACGUUCUCGGUGCCCUUCGAGCAGCGGACGCUCAACGUGGACAUCGAGAGGCUGGAGCGGCCGUCGCUGGAGACGUCGUGGACGGAGCACAUGUUAGUCACGCCCAUCAAGCCCAAGCUGUUCCCGCACUCGGCGAUGCCGUUCACGCGGCCGCGCUCCGCCGCCGACAUCAUGUCGCGCUCGCUGCUCCCGGCGCUGGACGGGCUGCCGUUCGGCCUGGCGGAGCACCAGCAGCACCAGCACGGGCCGGGCGCCAACGCGGCCGCGCACCUGCGCAACCACUCGCCCAUGAUGGCGCUGUCCACCGGCGACAUCAACACGGGCAGCAACGCCAUGUCCAGGUCCUCGUUCGCCUCCUUCCACCUCACCGGCUACAAGAACAACAAGCUCAUGAACACGUCCGUGGACCGGCUGUUCGAGAACGAUGACGACGUCUUCCUGAGCAGUAACUACGCCGAGUUCCAGCAGCUGCCGGCGAUCCAAGAAGGCCAGCAGCAGAACGUGGCGGGCGCGGCCAACCACGUGCCGGCCGCCGGCGCCAAGUCCACCGCCCCCAACGCCCCGCCCGAGCCGCGGCCGUUCCAAAAGCCCCCGACAAAAAGCUGCCCGCUGGGCCACCAGCGCUGCACGCGGCGCCGGUCUCUCCUCCCGGCGGAUCCCCCCCGAGCAACCCGGCCCGCGAACUCCGCGGCGCUGUCCACGGCGCGCGCUCCUCCCGCCGCACAUCGCUCAGCGAACAAGGCCCAGCGCACCACGGUGCUCUCCACCGCCCCAGCCGAGCACCUGCAGCACCAGCACCACGCGCGUUGCGGCCGCUGCGGCCGUGCGGCGCACGCGCCCGUCCUGCCGCCGCCCGCGGCCGCCGCCCUCGGCCCCGGCGCCGGCGCCGCCGCGGCCGUGGCCGUCAACGGCACCAAUGGCACCAACGGCAGCUUCGACGGCGACCUCCUCAAGGAGUACCAGCGCCAGAAGCAGCGCCUGCAGGAGACCCUGCAGCAGAAGGAGAGGGAGCGGGAGGAGCUGGUGCGACAGCUGGCCGUCGCCGACAACAGACUGCAGGAGAACAGGCGCCGUGCCCUCCUUUGGAUACCGCUGUUCUAUUCUGUCACAAUCAGUUCAUCGAACCUUGAAAAAUUCUGGAAGUGGCUGCCUCCUGGGAUACAUAUUUGUUGUUUCCUCUUGUAAUGUAGAAAACAGUAAAUUAUCUGCAUCAUAUUUAAUGCACAUUUAUGAACAUGUCAAGAGUCUUGUUCAUUUAUCAUAACUUUAAUUCACUAGUUUUAAUGUGCAUAUAAUGUGCAGAUAUAUUUGUAAUUGUUUCUGAUCAUGUAUUACUACAGUAAAAAUGCCUUACAUGAAAAUUUGCUCUACAUUUCUGCUGGACAAGAUUAUUUCGUACAUGUUACAUAUUGGUAUAUUUUAAUAUUUUUACAUUCCCAUUUUAUGCUAAAUAACUAUAAUCGUUUUUGUAAGUUAUAUUCUUAACUUCUCAUAAAUUUCAUUUUAUGGGAUGAAAUAACUCAAAUAUAUUCUCACUACAGACUGAUACUUUAGGUAUGAAGAGGUUAGGUGACUACUUUUAAUAAAAGUAAUAAUAUCAAAGAAACUCAUGAGCUAAUUUCUCGUAUUCUGUCAGACAACAAAAUACUUUUCAAUGAUGAUGAUGAUGAUUUUGUCCGAGGAGCAAGUGGCCAUGAUUUUGGGUCAUUUGAUAAUUGAACUCAGGUGACAUCCUGAAGAACAUCUUCAGAAACAAUGAUGGCAAGAAUGUGACUGAAAUUUGUUGAUAGAAUUUGUAUGUGUACAAUGAGAUAAUGAUCUGAAGCUAAUAAGCAAAGAAUUAUAAUAUUAUCAUAUUUUUAACUUGAUAUCUUUGUUGAAGUGGACUUGUGUGCAGGCACAUCAUAUUUUUGACACCAACUAAGCGAACAAGGAGAUCAUGUUGAAUAAUGUAUUUGUAAUGUAUUAUUUAUAAUGACGGUUGUGUACAGAAGGCUGUCGGAGUUAUUAUAGUGGAACAGAUAUUACCAGAAGCGUUUUGUAUAAUAUUAAAGUUAAAAAAUAUCUGAAGAAGAUACUUGUUAAUAGUUGGUGACAUUGCUUUAAAGACGCAGUGUUUUGAUCCACUACUACCAUUUUAAAAUUAAAGAGUUAGGAAUCAUUCAUUGAUAUUGAUUGCAGUGAUUUGAUUUGAUUUUUUUUUCUUUUUUCGUGAGUUGUCAAAACAGGAUUGCUUAUUGGUCAUGUUUUUUGUUUUGUUACGUAUGUUGUCAGUUGCCCAAAGUAUAUACUAGUUGUUAACAUUAUAAAUAUAAAUAUUCAUUCUCAAUUCUACUUUGUAAUGAAAGAUUGUAUAUAGAUUGGAUUCAUGAUGCUUGUUUUCAUGGAUGAAUGACUCUAAUUGUAUAUUCUGGAAAUGAGUGAGAUACUCUUUCUGUAUCUCAUAUUAUGUAUGUUUGCAACUUGUUUUCUGUCAUAAAAACAAAGUACAUGUACUGUAAAUUUGCCAGAAGUCCAGUGCAUUUAAUUAUGAAACAUUAUUUGUGUUGCCUUUGUGUCCACUGUUACAAUUCUGCUAUGUGCAGCUGUGAUUUAGAAUUUAUUUCACAUUAGUGCUAUAACAGAGGCAAGAAGAUAUGUAUUUAAAAUAUGUACGUACUCUAGAUGGUAUUCAUAGAUAUGGCUGUAUAUUUGCUAUAAUACUCAAAGUGCUGAUGCUUCAGUAUGUUAGAUCCACUGUAUUGUAUCAUUACAAUUCUUAAUUUGAUUGUAUGUAGUGACUUCAUAAACUUCAUGAGAAUUCCCUGGACAGGAAGGCAAACAUAUUGCUCAGCAUUGGACAGACUCGCCCUGGUACACUUUAUCUUUACCAGUAAUUUUGCAUGUUACUUUUAAGUGGCAUAAAUGUAAAGAUAAUUGUUGCAACCAUAAAUAAUGAAAUGUAAAUAGCUGAUCAACCAAAUCUGGAUUAAGUUAAAUUGAAAUUAGAUAUACAAAUUGUUUUGUAAUUAACAUAUUACAUAACAGAAAAUAUAUUUAGCUAACAUUUGCUGUUGUUUAAAAUAGUCAGUUAUUUUCCUUUGUUUUGACGUGCAUGUGAUAUGCUAAAUAUUUUUCAUUGGUGAUAAAAUGCUACUUAAAAGUCACAUAAUAAUGCUUGAAGUCAUUAAUUUAAUUGUAAACAGUAAUACUUUGUUCUUAUAUUUGUUUGGUGAUUAAUUCUUUGUAUAAUAAACUAAAUAUAUUUUGAA